AUGCGCUUUUCAAGCGAGGGCCCUGGCGUAGGCAGCUUCGUCUGGGUAGCUGCCGACGCUCUUAAUGUGGGUACCACCCAGGAUGUUCUUCGGGCGGCUCGAGGGAGGAGUGUCACUCUUCCAUGUACCUACAGCACCAACGCCCCGGAUCGAGAGGGGUUCAUUCAAUGGGACAAACUUCUCAGGAGUCAGACGGAGAGAGUGGUCACUUGGAAUUUUAUAUCGAAAAAAUACAUCUAUGGGAACCGUUAUGAGAACCGUGUGAAAGUAUCUAAUGAUGCCGAACUGUCAAACGCCUCUAUCACCAUCGAUCAGCUGACCAUGGAUGACAAUGGCACCUACGAGUGUUCCAUCUCUAUACUGUCAGAUCAGGAUGUCACCGGCAAGUCUCGAGUCCGCCUCUUAGUCCUCGUGCCGCCCUCCAAGCCAGACUGCAGCAUUGAAGGGGAGAUGGUGCUUGGGAGCAACAUCCAGCUGACGUGCCGGUCGGCAGAAGGCUCGCCCAGCCCACAGUACAGCUGGAAGAGCUACAACGCCCAGAACCAGGAGCGGCCGCUCAGCCAACCAGUCUCAGGCCAUCCCUUGCUUCUGAAGAACGUCUCCACGGAUAUGGCUGGUUACUACAUCUGCACCUCCAGCAAUGAUGUGGGGACAGAGUCCUGCAAUAUCACCGUGGCUCCCAGACCUCCUUCCAUGAACAUCGCUCUGUAUGCGGGCAUCGCGGGGGGUACAUUUGUGGCCCUCAUCAUCAUUGGUGUCACUGUCUACUGCUGCUGCUGCCGGGAGAAAGGUGACAAAGAUCAGGACAUGGAUGGUGCACGGCCGAACCGAGCAGCUUACCAAGUGCCUAAAAAGCAGCAGACAGAAAUUUCCAGAGGGCGGGAAGACGAAGAUGACUAUAGGCAUGAAGGCCGGAGGAGCUCAGGGCAUAGCUCUCUAGACCAGCCCUUCCAGUGAAGGAGGCUUGCUGUCCAGUG